AUGGGAGGCCCUCCAGCAGGAGGAAGACUCCAAGCAACAAGAUCAAGCGACCCAACGGCGGUCACCCUUAAACGCUCCAGUAGCUGGGACCGUCAACGGUCUGGUAGUACCCCGCGCAAGCACAGGGCACGUUCUGCCUCGUUCCCACCACUUGGGGCCGACUCUUCCCACAACUCAUCACGGCCAUCGUCCAGCUCGAGGGCGCCUACCUCUGCUACUACUCCGCCAGGUCUACCAGCGGGGAAGCCACAUGGAUCCACAGUUUCCGGAACUCCUUCUGCGGCGGCGUCGCACGUCGCGGACGCCACAACGGACAUCGAUGUCGAGAAGUCGGUGCCUAGCUGUGACCGACACUACGCCAAGCUUUGGGCGAGGAAACGCAAGCUUGAGACCCUUUUGCAGAGCCGAAAAUGGGAUAAAGACAUCCGCCGCCGGUUGGCUCGAGUGCACACAAACAUUGAAAACUAUGCCAUGGACAUCAUCCGUCAGAACUGGAAUAUUUGUUCCCAAAUGAAUAAGGCUCCUAACUCUAAGAACACAUGGCAACUGAUCCGUCACUUGCUGGAUCCUGAUAGUGGCAAGCUGCAAGCUAAAUAUCAACUCGAACGUAUCUUUCGUGAAUUUUCCGGCUCGUCCGCUUCCCUGCGUCAAGAGCUCAUCAACACCUACAUCCGCCCUGGACCCGUUAUCCCUCUUCCAGCAUAUCAGGGGGUAGGUAACCCGCUCCUUGAUGCCCCCAUAACCAGAGCAGAGGUGCGGGCGGAACGAAAUCGCCUUAAGACAAAUUCUGCAGCUGGUCCCAAUCGAGUCACCAAUCGCAUGCUCCGAAACCAGGACGAUUUUUCUAUCCAAGCCCUCACGGACUAUAUACAGCAAUGUUGGGAGCAAGGCUCCAUUCCCCAGGGCUGGAAACUUGCCAACCUCAUUCUGAUUCCCAAACCGGGAAAGAGCCCCACGCUAGCCAAUUUGCGUCCCAUCUCAAUCACGUCCUGUGUGGGUAACCUGGCGGCACCGGAAGUCGUUGUUGGUCUUGAUGUUUCUAAAGCAUUUGAUAAUGUACAGCACACCGCCAUCCUGCAGAAUUUACAGGCUUUGGUAGUGGGGAACAGGACGUAUACAUAUGUGAGGGAUUUCCUUACCAAUCGCCAAGUGCAACUUGACACCGGCGAAGGAGAGCUUUCCACCAUCACCCCCGGCAGCCGUGGAACACCUCAAGGCUCCGUGCUACCCCCACUCCUCUUCAAUGUUGCACUGUUCGGACUUCCCGAACUUCUGGCUGCCAUCCCAAAUCUGCAUCACACGCUCUAUGCAGAUGACCUCACCAUGUGGGUUACACGAGGUAGCGAUGGCGAAAUCGAAGAAACCCUACAAACAGCCAUCGACCGCUUGGGCAGCUAUCUCACUACGGUUGGCCUGUCCUGCUCGGCAAGCACAUCCGAGUACAUUGUUAUUCCACCACAGGGACGCAAACCUAAGCAGGUCUCUUUCCAUCUACAAGUACAGGGGAUGCCAAUCCCUCAAACAGAUCACAUCCGCAUCCUAGGACUGCACCUACAGGCCAAUGGUGGCAACUCCGCCGCUCUUCAGCGAAUCGACCAAUCUGCCAUCCAAAUUGGUCGCCUUCUCAAGCGGGUUGCCAACAAGUACGCAGGCAUGCGCGAAUCCAACCUUCUUCGGCUCGUUCAGGCAUUCGUCUGCACACGCAUCACCUACGUGGCCCCCUACCUCCGCCUUACGCGCGCUGAUCUCGAUCGCCUCGAUGCUUCGCUUCGGAAGGCAUACAAGACCGCCUUAGGACUCCCAAUGUCCACUUCUACCUCCAUACUUAUGGCCCUUGGGGUGUCGAACAUGGUCAACGAGCUUAUCGAAGCUACCCCCACGUCCCAGUACCAGCGACUCUCACUCACGCAUGGGGGACGCGCUGUAUUGCACCAAAUUGGACUCAUCUCCACGCGGGCGGCCACCACUUACCAAGACAUACCGACAGCUGAACGAGUCAGCCUCUGUAAUCCUCCACUCCCCAAACACAUGCACCCCGAACAUCACGCGGAUCGCAGGGCCGACCGUGCGCGCCAACUACAGAAACGUUUCCCAAGUCGCUCCGAUGUCACCUACACAGACGCCUCUCGGCACCCACAUCGUUCAACAAAGGUGGCUGUCGCCCUGGCCCCACACCGCGGUUGGAGCACGCCAUGCAGCGUAAUUCACUCCACCGAUAUAACAGUUGCUGAAGAGGUUGCCAUUCAUUUGGCAAUGACCGACCGUACAACCAAGGUGAUCGUAAGCGAUUCCCAACUCGCCAUCCGAAAUUUCGACGCGGGCCGUAUCUCUACACAGGCAUACUCAAUCAUAAAGGAUCACACCCCGCCUACCUCACCUUGCCUUCUUAUCUGGGCCCCGGCCCAUGAAUCUCUUAGUGGAAAUGUGCAGGCACACACUCUCGCCCGAGAUCUCAACUGCCGGGCGGAGUUCCUCACGCCUCACACUUCCCAUUCUUCGCCCUCCCACGCCUGCGAAAAACAAUCUCCUUUGGUUAUUUACACAGACAUUUUACAGCACUACAGACUAGGCCGUCUCCACUACCCUCCAGCUCAUAAAGACCUCCCCCGACGUGAUGCCGUCCUGUGGCGCAAGCUUCAGACGGGUGUCUUUCCCAACCCCUGGCUUUAUAGCAAGGUAUACCCACACCUCGUGACACCACACUGCAGAUACUGCUCACAGUCAGCCACCCUCAUACACAUGGCGUGGACGUGCUCACAGUACGCUGACGCUUCACACACAGAAGAUACGUGGGAGUCCCUUCUGCGUACCACCGACUCGGCACAGCAACGCCGGGUAAUCUCACGCGCAUUGGAGGCCGCGGCAUCCCAAGGCAUUCCCGCUGACCUCCUCUAA